CUAUCCGCUCGAAGCAGUGGAAGUUAAAAAUUAACUUUGCGUUUUCUCUGUAUCAUACUUCUCCUGUUUCCUCACCUUAAUUUUUAUUCAUCUUGCAAACAAACAGCUGAUCAGUGACAGAUCCCAUCGAUUGAUUGUAAACAAAUUCCUUGCGUGUUCCGGUUGCUUUGGACGAAUUUGGUGACUUUCGACCUCGCAACAAUUCUUAAAAUGGAAUCCUUCAUCCGUGGAAGUUGCGAAUCGAUGUGCCCAAAAGCCGAAAUAGAAAUGCGAACUCGGGAGAAAAUGCUUCACUUCUACGAGUUGAAACCCGGCAGUCGGACGGAACCAGUGGAACGGUUGGUCGUGAAGGAAUUUGCUCGAUCGGCUGCGGGAGUCAGACGUCCCAAGCAUUGGGAGAUACGGACAGUGGCCGCUUUGAAACGCACCGUGGAGUAUCUGCUGACUGAAAUUGUGCAAGACGAUCGUCGAUCGUACAACUUCCGGUACGAGUUCAUCUUCGAUCGACUGAGAGCAGUUCGGCAGGAAGUAGUCAUGCAGAACCUAUCAGCGAAAGACACUCUGGACAUUCUGGAACCGAUUGUUUGCUUCUUAUCAUACAGUGCCUACCAGUUAUGUGAAUCUCACAUAAGUGAAUUUGACCCACAAAUUUGCAAUACUCACCUGCAGGAAUGUCUCAAAAAGGUCCUCCGUUCUUACGAUGAACUGGAACAGGAGUCACCUUCCUACAACCAGAAUCGUAGAAUUCGAAUGGAAGCCCUUUACCUAGCUUUUAACUUAGGAAGCAGUGAGGCCCUGACUCGAGGAAUCAACCUUCCCAAACACAUUCGGAAGCGUCUUUCCUUGCAACUGUCCAUGAACAUCGAAUACCUGCGGCAUAACUAUCAUCGGGUGCUCAUAUCUCUUCAAAAGCUCCCCCCUCUGGAAGCUGCUCUGGCCGCCCUGAAAAUCCCAACUAUUCGCCAACAGUUGCUGCUCCGGUUCUCGUCCGCAUUUCAGAGCAAGGUUCUGUCCGUUCCACUCGAGUGGAUCGGUCACGUUCUGAUGUAUCAACGGCGAGAGCACCCCUCACUGAUCGAAGACUGCCAAUACUACAACCUUCAGCUGGUUCACGUUGAUAAACCUCCACCGGAUCAAUCGACCGUAGCGAACUCCCCUCCCACGGAAACUCCCAAAGAUUCUUGGUGGGAUGAUAGCGACGACGAAGGAAAGGAUCGCAAGCUGUCAACUGCCAUCAGCAGCGUGCUCACUGGGCGAUCGGUGAAAUUUGAGAAGGCCCGAUUCGAUUCCAGCAAACCGGUGGUUCAACCGCGGCGGGUGGAGUUUGUCGAUCGGAAACUGAGUGCGGUGACGUCGAUUCCGGCGCUGUUGAUGGACGGGAAGUGUUAGGUUUGGGACUGAAGAGAAGCAUGAAACAACUCUCACCAUGUGAUAUACUGGAAACUGGAAAAGAUCUCACUCCAAGUGCAGUUUUAGUUUGCAUGAUCGCAAGAGAUGAAUCACUAACGAUAUAAGUUUUAAAAUACAUCAUAAGUACAGAAUA